GGUUUUGUCCAACCCGCUAUAUAUCCUCUGUCUGUCUUUUAACUCCAAGCAAAAAUCCAUCAGAAAAAAUAGACUCCAAGCAAAAACAUCCACUCACCGAGUCAACUCGCCGGAACAACCCAGCCCCACAAGUUCAUGACUGACGACACCUCCGAUAACUACCGGGUCGAACCGGUCGACCCGGUCCUCGACGGUUAUCAUCCCUCGGAGCUCCAAAUCGCCUCGGAGUUUCUCUCCAUCUGGCUCCCCUUUCUCACCAGAGAUCUCUGCCAGCUCUGUUCCGCAAAACUCACCGAUCGCGUCCGCUCUCUCGGCCCAGAACUUGGUGGCGAUUCGAUACCUGUUAACCCGGAUGAGAAUUCGAGUGAUUUGAAACCGGAGAGCAAGGAGUUGCAGGUGCGUAGUGAUAAUGAUAUUGGUGAAGAUAAUCAUGAUGAUGACACAAGUUCACUAGGUUGGAAAGACGGAGCUCAGGGGCUAUCGGAGCCCGACCCUGAAGCUUCUAAAAGUGGAUUGUGUCCUGAAUCCCCCUUAUUAGAGACUCCAAGCCAUCGGAUGUCAUGGGCCGAUAUGGCACAGGAAGAUGAGCUGGAGGAAGAGGAAGAGGAGGAAGAGGAAGAGUGUGAAUUGAAUAAGCGGGUGGUGAAUGUGAAUGACACGACUGGAGAGUUGAGGAUUACAAAGUCUACAUUGUCCAGGGAGCAGAGGGAACACAUUAGGUUUAUGAAUGUUAAGAGGAAGAAAGAUUAUAUUUGUUUGGAGAGGGUUAAUGGGAAAUUCGUUAACAUUCUCGACGGCCUUGAGCUCCACACCGGUAUCUUCAGUGCAGCGGAACAGAAGAGGAUUGUUGAUUAUGUUUAUGAGCUUCAAGAGAUGGGCUGGAAGGGUGAAUUAAAAGCACGUACGUAUACAGCACCUCAAAAGUGGAUGAGGGGCAAGGGACGAGUAACCAUUCAGUUUGGCUGUUGCUACAAUUAUGCAGUGGAUAAGUAUGGUAAUCCACCUGGUAUCCUCCGCGAUGAUGUUGUUGAUCCCAUACCUAAUCUUUUUAAGGUGAUCAUUAGGAGGCUGGUAAAAUGGCAUGUGCUUCCCCCGACCUGUGUACCUGAUAGUUGCAUCGUCAAUAUAUAUGAUGAAGGGGACUGUAUACCUCCGCAUGUUGACAACCAUGAUUUUGUUCGACCUUUCUGCACCGUGUCCUUUCUUAGUGAGUGCAACAUAGUUUUUGGGUCAAACUUAAAGAUCAUUGGUCCUGGCGAGUUUGAAGGUUCAUUUGCCAUUCCCUUGCCAGUUGGAUCUGUUCUGGUUUUAAACGGAAAGGGGGCUGAUGUAGCUAAGCAUUGUGUGCCUGCAGUACCUACAAAACGGAUAUCAAUCACAUUUAGAAGAAUGGAUGAAACCAAACGGCCGAAUGGUUAUGUUCCAGAACCUGAUCUACAGGGUAUUCAACCACUAUCCUUUGAACAGGACAAGAAAACUGGAUUACAUUCACCUAGGAGCGAACGUGGAAUGAGGAGGCAGCCAAUUAGAAGAGCGGGUAACUCCGAAAUUAGGGUAUCUGCUGACAGACGUGAGUUCCACUCAGCGCCCCGCGACUCGGGAUGGAGUCGACGUGGAUCCGGAAAUAGGUGGAACCGGGGAAGGGCCAAUGUGAAUUUUGAGAGCUAGUUGAUGAUGGCUAACUUCGUUGCCAGUACAAGUGUUGCUGUUGGCCCCUUCCAACCUUUCGUCAAGGUUCUUGCACUUAAUUUCUGAAAGAGAUAUAGGAAACAUAUUGAUUGGAUUUGUAUCUUUCUACAUCUACUUUAGGCAUGUCAACUGUGCUUUGGUUUAUCCUUUAACAAAAGCAAUAUGCCUGUUUGAGUAUAGAUGGAAGUUCAGACUCAUGCGGCGAAGGCAGUGGACAUAAAUGCAACUUGCUGGAAUGCCACCACAGUUCUCUUGGGAUUGUUUUUCUAUAGCUUAUAAGGCUCAUCGCGUAGCGCUAUCGGCUUUGUGAGUUUAAAGCAUAUGGGUGAGUUGUACUAUAUAGUGGAUAAAUCAACUUGAAGCUGGUUGGUUGUAGCAUAUUGCUGCUCAUAUGUCCCAGUAAUUGGAUUGCAAUCUAUUGAGUGUGGUAUUGUAUCCUUCCUCGGUUUUACGUUUGUGAACCGGAUUUCUUUAUGCAUGCUCAAGUUUACUAGUA